UGUGGUUGUCAUAGUAGCCUCCUUUAAUUAGGUUCAGCUGGAAACACUCGGGGGUGAUUACAUGGAGGACAAACCGUUUUGGAGCGUGUGGUGUGGUGUGUGGUCAGGUCUCACUGCUGUGACAAUGUGCCAUUCAAGCCAAGGUCAGCAUACAUAAUGUUCUAGAACCUACUUUUCAUUUCAUUUUGAUAGCUUGGAAUAAAGGGAUUGUCAUAUCCAAACACAUUUCUACAGUACUGGACAUUCAAUCAUCAAACUGGUCAACACAGUAUCAGUAUCAGUAUCAGUAUCAGCCCAAAGACGUCUGUGAAGAACAUCUUCACCCUGAGCAAUAGAAGUGGAGCUUCAGGAUGCAGACAGAGGAGCCACAGCACAACCUCAUUAAGAAGGAAGAGGAAUACCCACUGAUCCCCCAUUUUAAAAAUGAAGAGGAACACCCACUAAUCCCCCAUUUUAAAGAGGAAGAGGAGGACCCACUGACACCCCAUUUUAAAAAGGAAGCAGUGGAUCCACUGAGCCCUCACAUUAAGGCGGAAGAGGAGGACCCACUGAGCCCUCACAUUAAAGAGGAAGAGGAGGAACACAGCAUCAGUCAGCAGGGAGAGCAUCUUGAAGGACUGGAGGAGGUUGAUGUCACCAAGAUGCCAGUGACUGGUGUCCCUGUGAAGAGUGAAGAUGAUGAGGUGAAAGGUGAAAGUGAGGAGAGGGGAGGGGGGGAGCCUCCAAGCAGCAGCUCAACACAACACAUGACAACAGAAGCUGAUGGAGACCACUGUGGAGGAUCACAAGCAGACAAGCUCUUAGCUCCACUAUCAGAUAGUGAGGACACAACGUCACACUCUCCUGACACUGAUGAUGAAGACUCUAAAGAUGAUAAGACAUGUCACACUGACAACACACACUUCGCAUCUUCUCACUGUCACAAAACCUUUAAAUACCAUUGUCGUCUGAAAAGACACAUGAGAACACACACUGGAGAAAGACAUUUUUUGUGUUCGAUCUGCGGUAAAGAUUUUACUCAAAGAUACAUUUUGAAAAUACACAUGAGAAUACACACUGGAGAAAAACCUUUUUCCUGCUCAGAAUGUGGUAAAAGUUUUGGAAAAAAUCAAAGUUUAAAAGUACACAUGAGAACACACACAGGAGAAAAACCGUUUUCCUGCUCAGAAUGUGGUAAAAGUUUUGUAAGAAAUGAACGUUUAAAUGCACACAUGAGAUCACACACUGGAGAAAAACCUUUUUCAUGUUCAAUCUGCGGUAAAGAUUUUACUCGAAGGGACCAUUUCAAAAAACACAUGAGAAUACACACUGGAGAACAACCUUUUUCAUGUUCAAUCUGCGGUAAAUAUUUUGCUCGAAAGAACUACUUGAAAAUACACAUGAGUACACACACUGGUGAAAAACCUUAUACUUGUUCAGUAUGUUGUAGAAGUUUUAUACAAAGUAUGCAUUUGAAAAGACACAUGAGAAUACACACUGGAGAAAAACCUUUUUCAUGUUCAGUCUGCAGUAAAGAUUUUACUCAAAUGCACCAUUUCAAAGCACACAUGACAAGACACACUGCAGACAAACCUUAAACAUGUUCAGUGUGUUGUAAAAGUUGUAUACAAAGUCCGUAUUUUGAAAAGACUCAUGAGAAGACACCCAGGAGAGAAAGUGUUGAGUUGCAGUGUGUGUGGUGAAAGAUUGUCUUCUAAGUACCAGUGUAAGAAACACAAGUGUGCUGGUGAGAACAGCAGCAGCAAAUGAAACUGCAGGAUUUGAAAUAAACUGUCAAAUCUUAACUUCGACUUUGUAACAACAUCAGCACAUAGAUUCUAACAUUUAUAGAUUAGAUAUUUCAGAUUAUUGCUUUUUUCAGUCAAGUACAUGUUUUAAUAUACAACAUUGUGUACUUUUAUUUAAAAAUUAACACAACACUUUGACUGUAAAGAUGAGAAUAAACAGGACAAAACAUGUUACGAAUACUUUUUAUGUGUAUAGAUAUAUUCAGAAAUCAUGUUUGAUUUUUAAUGAUGUUGUAGAGUAACUCCUUUAAAUGAUGUACAUAUUUGUUUUACAUGUGUUCAUACCUUUGCUUUUGAAUACACAUAAAUCCCUCUUAAUUCAAAUUUAGUGGUUCACACUUGAAACACCUUCUGGACCACUUCUGGAAACAUAUUAUUAUUUACUUUAUACAUUUUCAGCAGUUGUCUUUUAUACAAGAUCAUUUACUUUUAAAAUCUGUGACUUUAUGAAUCAUUUGUUGGGUCUCAAUAAUCAAUUUUUUUUAAUUAUCUUUAUUACUCUCUUUUGUAAUAUGAAUAUUGUUUUAUAUGUAUGUCCCCUUUAUGCAAUAUGUAGGUUAGAGAAAAUGGCAACAUUAUAUGUGGAAGGUUAUGAAGGAUAGUUUUGUUUUUAAUAAUCUACAUUUCUUAUUUUUUUUAAAAACUACACAUGACAAUUUAAAAAAAAAAAGUUGUUUAUGAUUUUGUUCCCCCUUUUUUAGAAUCCCUCAAACAUUAUCAAUUUCAGAAAACAUGGGGAAGUUUGGAUUGUUAGGGAAAAGUCAAUAAAAGUCAAUCCAUCCAUUGUUUCUA